UCCUCCUCCAUCUGGAUUCAAAGCAGCGGUGUGGAGGAGAGUUUGCUUCCUGCCGCGGACACGGUUAUAGCACAUUAUUGCACCUAUGAGCUUGGAUGAGUGAGAGGCGACAACAUGGCCAACUCAGCACUGGAGAUAGUGGCUCUUUUAUUGACCCUGAUCGGGCUGAUCGGAGCAGCUGCGAGCACCGGAAUGCCAAUGUGGCGGGUCACAGCCUUCAUCGGGGAGAACAUCAUAGUGUUUGAGACUCGCUACGAGGGUUUGUGGAUGAACUGCUUCAGGCAAGCCAGCAUCAGGAUGCAGUGCAAGGUGUACGACUCUCUCCUGGCCCUCUCCCCUGACCUGCAAGCAGCAAGAGGGCUGAUGUGCUGCGCUCUCGCACUGGCUGGGAUCGGUCUGCUGAUCAGCUUAGUUGGGAUGCAGUGCACAUCUUGUAUUGUGAACAAUGACAGGGCAAAGCGACUGGUCCUCAUCAUUGCAGGCACCAUGGUUAUGUUGGCUUGCAUCUGUGUCCUCAUCCCCGUGUCCUGGACCGGCCAUGUCAUCAUCACAGACUUCUACAACCCCCUGCUGAUCGACGCCCAGCGCAGGGAGCUCGGAGAAGCUCUCUACAUCGGCUGGGUAGCCUCUGCGUUCUUAUUUGCUGGCGGAUGCAUGUUUAUCUGUUGUAAUAUUCAGUCUGAAGGCAAAGGGUCAGAGAUGUACGCGUACUCCAGGAACUCGGACUACAGGGCCUUUACUCCACAGCCUCUGCUGCCUCUGCAGCCCCAGCAGCUGGUGCUAGUCCCUCAACCUCAACCUCAACCUCAGCCCAUGCUGUCAAGACAACCAUCAACUAACUACAGCUACCACUCAAGAUACCCCUCUGUACGCAGCGGAGUCGCUUAUCUCUGAGCAUUUCAUAAUCAUGAAAGGUCCUUAUAUGCAAGAACUUUUCUUUUCCAACAUGGGUUGGAAUCAGCACAAUUUUCACAUUUCAGGUAAAAAAAGAAGAGGAAAAAAAACACAUCAAUGCAUGAGAUUAAUGUGAAGGAAAAGACUGUGAAAGAGUUUCUUUGGUUUUAAAAGUACACUUUUGAUGAUAAUUUUCUCCAGUACUUUAUUAAAAGGUACUAAACUGUAUGAUGGAAUACAUAUACUCCAUUACUUAUAUUUUUUACAUAAUAUGUAAACUACAUGAGUUGAUUUUACAAUUUUCAACAACUUAGCAAAGUGAACUAUUUGUAUUUUCUGUAAAAUAUAUAUUGUAGCCGGGACAUGUCAGAUUCGGGAGGUCCUAAACACAGUUCACUUCUGAUAUUAGUUCUGUUUUAACUGUGUGAUCAAAUAUAUUUUUUUAAAGAUUGCA